AUGCGCACAGCGUUCCGAAGCAUUGUGAGGUCACAGAUGGUGCCAGCCUUGAGCCUGGUCCAGGAAGUGAUCUGUGAAGAGUGGGAGCGGGUGGAGAACUCCAGAACGGGACGGGGUCAGUCAGCCAGCGCAAUGUUCCAGCCACGCUCCGCAAGGGUGAGACCACUGAAUGAGGCGGAGAAGGAGAGGGGGGAGCAGAGUGUGGUUUUCUGUCCUGACAAACACAGCCUGGAGGUGUGCCAGGCCGGGAGGGGCAGGUGCUUUUCCUUUGAUGCGGCACUCGGCCCGGACGCCUCCCAGGACGACCUGUUCCAGGCCUGCCAGCUGAAGAGGCUCGUCGACAUGGCGACCCAGGGGUACUCAUGUACAGUGUUUGCUUUUGGACAGACCGGCUCGGGGAAAACCUACACCAUCUCUGGACCCCACCCUGCGGAGGGUCCAGGCGGACCCCACUCCCAGGGUCUGACACACAGGUGUCUGUCCCACCUGCUGCAGGUGUGCUCCCCAGAUGAAGGGGUCACCCUGCACGCCUCCUACCUGGAGAUCUACAACGAACAGGUGCGGGACCUCCUGGACCCCCGGCCACGCGGCCUCCUGACGGUCCGAGGCAGCGGAACCCACGGGUUCUGUGCGGAGAACCCAACCUUUGUGGAGUUUCUCAGCCUGGACUCCCUCACCGAGCUCCUGAGCGAGGGCCAGGGCAGACGCCACACCUCCUCCCACCUCCUGAACGAGCGGUCCAGUCGCGGUCACGCCAUCCUGACCGUCGACAUCAGGAGCCAAUCGGUGGGUGUGGCCGGGGGCGGGGCCUCCCAGGGGAAGCUGCGAUUGGUGGACCUGGCGGGUAGUGAACGGGUGAAGCUCACAGGCUGUGGGGCGGAGCAUCUGGAGGAGGCGGGAAACAUCAACCGCAGCCUUCUCUCAUUGGGCAAGUGCAUCGCCGCCCUGGUGGAAGCCAAGGGUAGGAACAGGCACAUUCCGUACCGGGACAGCAAGCUCACCAAGCUGCUCUCUGAUUCGCUGGGAGGACCCGGGCUCACUCUCAUGAUCGCUUGUGUCUCUCCUACGGCUUCCAGUCUCCCAGAGACUCUGAACACCCUGUACUACUCCAGCCAGGCAAGGAGGAUCCGACCCAGGCCAUCAGCCAAUCAGGGUCAGAGGAAGAGGCAGCUGAUCCGCCUCCACAGAGAGAUCCACCUGCUGCGCCAGGAGAACCUGCUGCUACGGCAGGAUGAGGCAGAGCAGCCUGACUGUCAGGAGUCCUCCAGCCAGCAGGGGGCGCUGUUGCCGGGGGGAGACACCCUGGACAAGCUGCGGGAUCUCGAGAGAGUGACCUCCAGCCCUCCGACUCCACCCCCACCCAGAGACUCUGCCCACAGCCGUCCCGCCAGCCCGUACUUCCGGCACCCCCCCUCCUUACUGCCCCCCAUCAGGCCUGAGCUGUGCUUCCACUGCCACUGGCGCCCCCUGCUGUACUGCAUCUGUCCUGCAGGACACUGCUUACAGGGGGUGCUGCCUCCCCUGCCGGCCCUCAGCUCAGACAGAGCAGCCAGGGAGAGAGCCAGGGACCAGGGGGACCGCCACAGCUGGGAGACUGACCCCGGAUCAGUUCGGCUCCGCAGGACAAAAGCCCAGUCCGGGUGCAUGGUGCACACAAGCAGCUUCCAGGUGAACUCCAGUUCCCAGCAGGCCAAGGCUCCAAGGCCCCACCCUCCAAGGUCAGAGGUCAGGGUGACUCCCAGUGCCCCGCCCCUGCCCAAACAGCCCCGCCCCCUUCAGCUUGCGCUCCCAGAGAGGACAGCUGAACAUGCACAGGCUGUGUGA